UCGGAAAAAACUAUCUUUAGGCUCGUAAAUUAAAAUUUUGUUUAUGAGCCAUGGACUUUAUCAAAAUAAUAAUCCAACAAAUAAUGACUUAAUUACUAUAACAGAUUUACCCAAAGAAAUUUUACUAUUUAUAUUUAAGCUAGUUAUUAAAAAUGAUAUUGGCUCAAACUUAUACAAUAUAUCAUUGGCAUGCAGAAUUUUUUAUUACUGCAUAAAAGGUGAAACUAUAUGGGUUGAGGCAUGCAAACAAUUAUGGGAUAGCAAAAAGCAAAUAAUAAUUAUUAAAAACAAAAAACAGCAUAUGGGUAAUACUACUACCACAGACUUAAAAUUAUAUGAUGGGAACAUUUAUUAUUCUUCAUGGAAUGAAAUGUUUCAUAAACGAGCUCAUCCAAGAUUUGAUGGCUUUUACAAAAAUAAAAGAAACAAAUCAAUGACAUAUGGUAAUAAGCUUCCAAUGUAUGCAGACGAAAUUAUAAGAUGCAUGCAGUUUUACUCUCCUACCUAUAAUAAUGGCGACCAUUAUAUCGGAUUGAUGAGAUAUAUAACUAAAACUAUGUACCCAAAAUCUGUGCAGCCCAUUCAAGUAGCAGAUUCAAGCCAAAAUAAUGAAAUAAAAAAUUAUACAUUUGACAUGAUGAGUGGGUACUAUGUUUCUCCUAAAGAAGGAAAUAUCAUUGUUGUAGCUUUGUUGAGAAACAAAAAAUUAAAUGAAAAAAUUGAAAAUUGUAAUGAGAAAAGUUUAUUGACAUCAAUCUUACAAUCUUUUAUAACUGUUAAAGAACAGGAGAAUUUGGCAAUGAUUAAUUUUGACUGUAUGUCUAAAUUUAUACAUUUCCAAAUUAUGCCCGAUGAAUAUGGAUAUCCAAACAACAAGCUUAUUUAUCAAAAGCAAGAUAAUUUAUAUAAAAACUAUAAAAAUAAAUUGUGCCAAAGAAUCAAAGAAGGAAGUUUAUUUGAUCCUUUUCACUUUUCUCGUCAUAUUAACCCCAUUUUAUCAUGAAAUUAAAUGCAAAAAUGUGUUUUAAAAAAAGUUAUAGUUAUAUUUGCAAAUCGUUUAUUUAUUAUAUAACACAAAAAAAUUAUAAUACCUGUAUUGACUAUUUAUAUUUAAAAUAAAAUUAUCAAUGACCUAAGAUUAUAUCGACCUUGACAUAUAUUUAGAAAGGAUUGGGGGGGGGGGGGGGUGUAAUUUUUGUUCAUUUCAACCAAAAAAUUUUUGAUGCUUAUUUGGCGGAAGAAUAAAUAAUGAAAAACGUAUAAAGUAGAGCUGUCAGAUCUG